CACAGCGUAACAUUAAGUCUGCGAGGUUUGCAUUCACAACCCUUCAAGCAAUCACUAUGGAACGCUGGAGAGGUCGAGUUGCCUUGGUAACCGGGGCGUCAGUUGGGAUGGGCGAGGCGUUUUGUCGAGCGCUCGUGAAACACGGUAUGAUAGUUGUGGGGUGCGCUCGCCGAGUCGAACUGAUAGAGAAGACAGCAAAAGAAUUGGAAGGAGAGACAGGACGUUUGAUCCCCAUGAAAUGUGACCUGACAGUGAAAUCUGAGAUCGAAUCCAUGUUCCGGGCCAUAAAGGACCAAGUGGGUGGGGUGGACGUAUGUGUUAAUAACGCUGGGUAUCUGGCCCCACAGCAACUUCUCGGUGGCGAUACCGACACCUUCCAGAAAAUGCUGGACACCAACAUCCUUGGCCUCUCAAUAGUAACUCAAAUGGCUGUGCAGUCGAUGAAAGAGCGAAAAGUCGAUGAUGGCCAUAUUAUUCAUAUUUGCAGCCAAACUGGGCAUCGUUAUUGCCGUGAAAUAGCAGCUAUGCAUUUUUAUUCAGCUACCAAGCACGCAGUGAAAUGUCUGACAGAGGGUCUGCGGGCUUGUCUGCGAGCGGAGGAGUCUAUGAUUCGUGUGUCGACUAUUAGCCCUGCUCUGGUGGACACUGUAUUGGCGAGACAGUGGGUGGAGGUGGAGUUUGGGAAAGAGAAAAUGGAGCAGUUGUUCAGACGGAGACAGUGUCUUCUGCCCGAAGAAAUAGCGGACAAUUUGAUCUACAUCCUGUCUGCCCCGCCGUCUGUGAACAUCAGAGACAUCUGUGUGGGUGGGGUUUUGGACCCACUAUAAGACGCCUAUAUAUCCAUCAAGAAGUGAACUGCAGCUUCUACAUGUAUGGUGCAGAACCUGAGCAUAUAUUAUACUAGUAUAUUGCUAUAUAUAUAUAAGAGAUAUAUAUAUAAGAGAUGUAAAGAUACGUACGUCAUUUCUGUUCAAAAUUCUCUCCAUACAUUAAUGUGCCCUUAACAGCUAGAGAAGUAUCUGGGAGUAUCUAUAUAGGAAAAAUAUAUGUGAAUCUGGCAGAUCUAGAGCUGGUACGUAGGCCUACAUGUAUAUAUGCACUGUUGAUGUCAUGUUCAUUUCCCCUGAGAAGACCUCCUCAGCCCUAGUUGUAAUCUCAAAGAUUUACAUGUAUCUAAUGCAUAAGCCAUACGAACAAACUGGCAGCUCACAUUUUGACACGGUCAUUAUGCUGUUAAUAAUGCACAGACCCAAUAAGAAAAUGGCCUAGGACUAGAUUGUGGUCUAGCCUGUGACAUAUACGUAAAAUGGCCACUGUUGAUGCCGUUUUAAUCACCCAAAGAGCACAUUACUCAGUCCUAUUUGUAAUCUCAAAUUUUUCUUUUGUGACUUGACAACCUUACACAUCUUGUUGUACCUCCAGUGAAAAGAUUUGCAUAAUAUUAGGGAAAAUGUUAAAGUCUACUAUUUUAUGUUCGCUAUACUGUAUAUUUUUGGUGAUAAAAGUUUUUUCAGAACAAUAUGUAUUAUUAUAUAUUUCGGUUUUUCAAACCAAUAAACUUUUUUGCUUUUCAUUGUUUUUGGGGGCUGUCGUGAUUUAUUGGUAUUUGGUCAAAGCUACAUAUUCAUGGUUGAUUUUUCACAAAUUUUGCUAAAAUUGAGUUGGGAGGAGUGGGGGGCAAGGGUUUUUGUGCCCUGUAUUACCCUUUAACUAUACACAGUAG